UUAUUUUAACCACAGCUUCGAGUACUUACUGAUCAAGAAAGUGACACUACAUAGCAUAAUCAACCAAUCCAAAUUUGAGAAAAAACAAUGGCAUCUAAACAACAAAACCGACAAGAGCUUGAGGAGAAGGCAAAGCAAGGAGAGACUGUUGUUCCUGGUGGCACUGGUGGCAAGAGCCUUGAGGCUCAGGAACAUCUUGCUGAAGGAAGGAGCAAGGGAGGGCAGACAAGGAAGGAGCAACUAGGGACAGAAGGGUAUCAGGAGAUGGGACGUAAAGGAGGACUGAGCACUAUGGAGAAGUCAGGAGGAGAACGUGCUGAAGAGGAAGGUAUUGAUAUUGAUGAGUCCAAGUUCAAGACUGGUGGUGGUGGUGGUAGGAGCCAGAACAAGUGAUCCAUCAUCAUCACCUCUUAUGUGCUAGCUAACUUUAAUGUGUGUCAAAAACUAGUUUGUUUUAGGUCAUGCUGUUAGUUGGUUAUAUAUAUAGCUAACCAAUGAUCAAAGUGUGUGUUGUGUGUGUUUUAGUUUUUCUAAUAAAUAGCUAGCAUGUGGUAGUCAAUGUUUGUGUCUUAGGUUUGUUUAUUUUCCAUAUAAUGUCUUGUUAUGACUUUCUUUGGUGGUAGUAAAGUUAAGAGUUUAGUUAUCUUAAAACGCGUUGUGUUGAUGUUA